UGAAACUAUGAUGGUAGAGUCCACUGUGCUGUCCCUGCAAUGUGAUUCCAUAUUGAUCAAACUGUUGCUAAUUCUCCUUCUUCUCGGUGGUGGCAGUGGUCACAACGAGUGCGAGGGAACGUCUUGUGGGCCUCAAGAACCUCUUAUUAGGUUUCCUUUCCAACUCGUGAAGGGAAUCGAAGAUGGAUGUGGUUAUCCCCGCAUUUGUCUACAUUGUACGGGAAAAAAUGAGACAAUGCUUGUUCACGCUACAAUCAAACUCCAAGUCAGUAGCAUAGACUACGAAAAUCACGAAAUUGAGUUCACUGACCCUGAAAAGUGCCUUCCGAAGAAGUUUCAACAAAUCAACAAUUUUAUCAAUCGUUACAAAUUUAAAUCACCGUAUUUGGAAGGAACAAACCACGACUUGAGCUUCUUCAACUGUUCUUCACAAGAUAUGAUCUCGUGUCCGAUUUAUGUUUCUUCUUCAGACUAUAGUGUCUUCCAAAUAUUUGACAACAUGGACCCAUCUUGUACCAAGAUGUUCGACGUUAUCACGCCAAUGAGUGCAGAUAUGAUGCUAUCGAAUUCGGUUAAUUUGAGAUGGUCCAAUCCAGGUUGUGCUAAGUGUGAAGCGCAAGGCAAGACAUGUAAAUGGAAGAGCAACAGCACAGAAGGAGACAUGGAAUGUUUUGACUGCAAGGGCAAAAAAGGAAACCAUAUGCUUCGAUCGUUUCUUUUCACCACAUGUUCGAUUCUUUUGGGGCUGGUGGUCGUUGCCCUCAUUAAGAUCGCCCUCUAUUUUAGAAGAAAAGAAGAAGACCAAGCACGAGUGGAGAAGUUCUUAGAGGAUUAUAGGGCAGAAAAUCCUGCAAGGUUUACCUACGCUGAUGUGAAAAGAAUCACCGGUGGUUUUAAAGAAAAGCUAGGUGAAGGGGCUCACGGGGCUGUGUUCAGAGGAAAACUUUCAAAUGAGAUUCUGGUGGCCGUGAAGAUCCUUAAUAACUCAGAAGGAGAAGGGACCGAGUUCAUCAAUGAAGUGAGAAUUAUGGGAAAAAUGCACCACAUCAACGUGGUUCGUUUGCUUGGUUUCUGUGCCGAUGGAAUCCAUCGUGCUCUUGUCUACAGUUUGUUCCCGAAAGGUUCGCUACAAAGUUUCAUAUUUCCACCGGAUGACAAGGACCGUUUCCUUGGCUGGGAGAAGCUACAACAAAUUGCUAUUGGCAUAGCUAAAGGAAUUGAGUAUCUUCAUCGAGGUUGUAACCAUCCCAUUAUUCAUUUUGUCAUUAAUCCUCACAACGUGUUGCUCGAUGAAAACUUCACUCCAAAAAUUUCUGAUUUUGGCUUAGCCAAAUUGUGUUCCAAGAAUCCUAGUUUGGUGUCCAUGACAGCUGCUAGGGGAACCUUGGGAUACAUUGCACCUGAAGUUUUCUCCAGGAACUUUGGAAAUGUGUCUUAUAAGUCUGAUAUCUAUAGUUAUGGAAUGUUGUUGUUAGAAAUGGUUGGAGGAAGCAAGAAUUUGGACAUGUCUUCUAAACAAGAUUUCCAUGUUCUGUACCCGGAUUGGAUCCAUAAUCUAGUUGAUGGAGAUGUACAUAUCCAUGUUGAGGAAGAAGGUGAUGUUAAAAUUGCAAAGAAACUAGCUAUUGUUGGACUUUGGUGCAUUCAGUGGCGGCCAGUGAACCGUCCAUCCAUGAAAUCUGUCAUACAAAUGCUAGAAACUGGAGAAGAACACGAGUUAACUGUGCCUCCUAAUCCAUUUAACUCAACAACUUCUACUUCUACCGGUGGACUCACUUCGUCAAAACAACCUUUGGAGUUGGAAGUCAUUCAAGAAUUAGAGAAUGAAUAGCUACUUUUACCCUCCCAACUUUUACAGUGGAAGAAAAUGAAUACUUUGUAGA